AUGGAAGACGAAAUUGAUGUCCAGGAUGGUGAUAUUAGUAAUAAAAUGCAGCUAGAAACAGAAUUGACUAGCAAGUUCUUAAGUGGGCAAAUGUCAUUUGCUGAGUAUUCAAGUGAAUGGUAUAGUGGUGAAGAUGAAGAUGAAAGUGUAACAAAAAAUGAAGAGCCCCUACAAUCUGCACCAACUGAGAGAAGACGUCGUAGGCUCACCCGUUUGACGCCAGCUUUAGUUGGACUAAUGGGUGAAGCUAAUUUACGGUUUGUUAGGGGUGAUGUUGAGAUGGCAGAAAAGAUGUGUCAUGAAAUAAUUAAGCAAUUACCUACUGCCUCUGAACCUUAUCAAACACUCGCCCAAAUUUACGAACAUGAUGUGGAGAAGUCUUUGCAAUUUUCACUAUUAGCUGCACAUUUAUCUCCAACUGAUUCCAAUGAAUGGUUAAGAUUAGCUGCUGUAUCAAACCAAAAGAAUGAUCUAAAACAAGAAAUGAUAUGUUAUACACAAGCUAUUAAAGCUGAUCCACAUAAUUUUGACAUCCAUAUGAAAAGACUAGACUUGUUAGGUAAAUUAGAAGAAAUGAAGUAUCCUCUGAAUACAUGGAUAAUUGCACGAGUUAAAUGCUAUCACAAAAUAGUUACAUGUCUUCCACCAAAUCAAGGUAAAAUUAUAUUGAAAUAUGCCAGACUUGCUACUACACUUUAUCAUAAUGGAAAUGAAAAGGAAAAAGCCUAUGCUGUUAUGUUAGCUGCUUAUAAUAAAUGCCCUACAUUAUUUACACUUGAGGAUCUUAAUAUUUUUCUUGAACUUUUAAUUUCCCAGAAAGAGUUUCAAAAAUGCUUGGAUGUAUUUGUAGCAAGUGUUGGAGUAGAUAUAGAGGCUGAAAUACAGACAAUUAGGAAAUCUUCUAAUGAAAUUGAAGAGCAAACAAACUACAUAAAAUGUGCCAUCCCCAAUGAUUUAGCAAUUGACCUUAAAUGUAAGUUAUUAGUGGCUUUUAUUCAUUUAGGUGCUAUAGAUCUUGUACAGACGUUACUUAAUGAUUUUUUAACAAAUGAUGUUGAAAAAGCUGGUGAUUUGUAUAUGGAUAUUGAAGAAGCAUUUUCUGCAGUAGGGUAUCAUGAAAUGGCAAUGAAAGUAUUGGAACCAUUAGUUAAUACACCAAACUUUGAUCUUGGUGCAGUUUGGUUAAAAUAUGCUGAUUGCCUGUUAAAUUUAGGCAGACAAGAGGAGGCAGUCAGUGCUUUUUACAAGGUAUUAAAACAUGCUCCCCAGCAUCCAGAAGCAAGGAGGAAGUUAUUCCAUAUUUUAGAGAAAAAGGAACAAAUUGAAGAUGCAAUUAAUGUUCUUCAACAAGAUUAUAAAUAUGUUGUAAGCCCCACCCUUUUAUAUGAACAGUGUAAAGUGUUAAAGAAGUAUAAUAUGAUAGCAAAAUACUUGGAAGUUGCCGAGUCCUUGUUAUGCAGAUCUGUUACUAAAUACAGACAUGAAGAGGAAUUAAAGAUAGCUUGUAAGCAGAAAGCUGGAGUAGAACAAAUUCACGAAUUCCGGACUAUAAGGGGGGAAAAUCCUUUUCAUGAAAAUGACUUACACUUUGAAGAUGAAAACUUCAAAAUGUCACCUGUUGAAGAAUGGGAUCUAUUUAAAGAAUUACUAUCAAUAUCAUUCAAUUUAAAGCAAUAUACUACAAUGCAAAGAUUAUGCUAUAGUGCUUUAAUUAUAAAAAGUUUACAAUCUCAUAAAAGAGAAAUAGAAUUCUAUGUUUUGCAAGCCUGUCUUUUAAACAAAGAUUACAUACAUGCAUUUAGGUUUAUAAGAGACAUUGCUCAAAGGAGUACAACAAAUAGAACAUGGAACCUAUUAAGUCUGGUGCUUCACGCACUUGAAGAUAUGACUCAUACUAAAUAUGUAACUAGGCUAUUUCAGAAAGAAGAGCGUUGGGUAAAAAAUCUUUUUUUGGGUAACAACUAUUUAUUAUCGGGAAGAUAUCUGAUAGCCCUUAAAUAUUUUUUAGAGUACCAUGAACAGUUUAGAGAACCUAUCUCUUCAUUUUUAAUUUCCAUAACAAUUCUGUCAAUGGCAGCUCAAAAAACUUUUGAUAAACACCAUAACUUAAUCCUACAAAGUGUUUCUUAUAUGCUGACUUAUAAGCAGUUAAGAAAAUGUGAUCAAGAAGUGUAUUAUAACCUGGGAAGACUUUACCAAAUGCUUAAUAUUAAUAACUUAGCCAUUGAAUAUUAUCAAAAAGCACUGGCCUGUAAGCCUAUAGCGGUGUGCAGCCGACAUGGAAAUAUAGAUUUGAAAAUGGAAACUGCAUAUAAUCUGUAUAUAUUAUAUAAGGAUCAUUCACCAGACAUGGCUAGAAAAACUAUGCUCCAGCAUCUUGUCAUUUAA